CCCUAAUCAUAUAGAGGAGCCUCCCCCUGUCAGUAACACUCAUACACAGUAAUACACUGAUAUAGACUGAUAUACACUCAGUCUCUGUAAUAAACGGACUAGCACCCCCCCCACUCAAUAGUAAUAGAUCAGUCCUCCAGCCCCAGUCACACAGCGGACUCUCCCAAGACACCGGCUGCUGGGGGUCAGUGUGUAACUCACCAGUAAAACCCUUCGCUCCCCGAUCCACAGACUCAACUCCAGGUCCGACAUUCAGCUGCUCCCGAGCGCCCCCUGCAGCUCAUUCCUCUGCCAGUGACUGUCCCGGCGCUACACUCGAGUCCCGGCGCUACAUUAGAUUCUCGGCGCUACAUUAGAUUCUCGGCGCUACACUCGAGUCCCGGGCGCACAGAGAGGAGUGAGGGGAAGGCGAGGAACAGAUCAGGGGCCCCGGGACAGACAGGCCAAUGAGUGAGAGAGGGGCCACGAGACUUUGCCUGUGUCUGGGCUGCCUCUUACUGCUCCUCUCCCUGGGACUGGCUUGGACUUACCGAGAGGAGCUGGAGACAGACAGGGAAGUUUGCUCGGAGAAUAAGAUCACUACGACCAAAUACCCGUGUGUGAAGCCAACGGGGGAAUUAGCUACAUGCUUCAGGAAAAAAUGCUGCAAAGGAUAUAAAUUUGUUCUAGGGCAGUGCAUUCCAGAAGAUUAUGAUGUUUGUUCAGAGGCUCCAUGUGAACAGCAGUGCACAGACAACUUUGGGAGAGUCCUGUGUACUUGUUAUCCUGGGUACCUGUAUGACAGAGAGAGGCACAGGAGCAGAGAGAAGCCAUAUUGCUUAGAUAUUGAUGAAUGCGCCUUCAAGAACGAGACCGUUUGCUCUCAUAUCUGCAUCAAUACUCCGGGGAGUUACAGGUGUGAGUGUCCCGAAGGCUACUCUCUGGAGGAUGAUGGGAAAACCUGUACAAAGGGAUCACAAGGAGAUUUUGAGAAAUCCAACAAUGUGAUGAAGGCUGGGGUCUGCUCUGAGACGUGCAAGGAUUUCCACCAAAUAAAACAGACCGUUUUACAGCUCAAGCAAAAGCUUGCGUUUCUCCCAAACAGCGUAUUGGAAUCCAGCAAACAUAUAAAUGCUGAGAAGGUGUUGGCCUCUACCACAUACGUGCAGGGUCCUCCUGGCUUACCUGGUGCACAGGGACCCCCAGGAUUACCUGGUCCAAAAGGAAGUGAGGGUCAGCCUGGAAUACCGGGACCUCCUGGCCCACCGGGUCCAAGAGGAUUUAUGGGUCCGGUCGGACCAUCUCCUGAAAUCUCUCAGCUCAAACAAGGCCGGAGAGGCCCCGUUGGUCCACCAGGGGCACCAGGAAAGGAUGGCACAAAGGGAGAUAGAGGUGCUUCAGGACCAAGAGGACCUCCGGGCUCACCAGGUUCCUUUGACUUUCUUCUCCUGAUGAUGGCAGACAUAAGGAACGACAUUGCUGAAUUACAGGACAGAGUCUUUGGACAAAGGACACAUUCUUCAGCAGAAGAGUUUCCCUUACCUCACGAGUUUACAAACCAUCACGAUUCUGUGGACUUGGGUUCAGGAGAGGACUACAAACACAGAACUGUAUCAAAGAACCUAAGAAAAGACAAAAGCAGCCGCCACUAACUGCCACCACUCCAAAUGGAAAUAACUUUAUAUUUUAUUUCUCAAUGUAUAAAAAAAAAAAGAUGCACUGAAAAUGUAAAGAGUAUCUAUUUUUGACUUUUGAAUUUAUUGUUAUUAAUAUUAUUAUUUUGUAUUAUUAUUGUUGCUUUUUCGUUGUAAAACAGAUUCCUCUGAAUCCCACUUUGGAAUAUUCUGGCCAAUCUCCCAUUGGCCAGAGGCUAAAGACAAACAUACAAACUUCAGCGAUUCAGUGAUUUAGUGGUGCUUAAAGGGAUACUGUCAUGGGAAAAAAAAUUCAAAAUGAAUCAGUUAAUAGUGCU